AUGAGAAGAGAAAAUUUAUCAUAUAUUGGAUCUAUUUUUUCUGACGAGCAAGCUGUAAAUUAAUAAUUUCCAAUAUUAGAAAAGGGCAGAGAUUUACUAUAAACUGCAAUUUAAUGGAAAAUAUCUAAAGACUACUAAUCUUUGAUAUAAAUUAAUUUUAUUUUCAAAGUAAUUGAUAUUGAGAUUUAAGAGUUUAAAGAUAAUAAAACUUAAACUGAAUAAUAUUGUGCAUGCAGCUAGAUGACUUAGAGGUUUUUACAAUAAUUCAAUACUUUUAAAUCAUAAUUAUUAAUUGAUGAAAAUACGAAAUGCGUAGAUAAAAUAAGCGUGAAUAUAAAAAAGGAAGAAAACCCGUCAUUAGAAAUUCAUAUUCCAUGUAUAAAUAAAUUUUUAGUGAGUAUUGAUGGAUUAUUACUGUCUUUAACAAAUUUAAAAUUUGAUAUUGAGGCAGAUUAUUAAUGGUCUGAUUUUAAUUUUUAAGAGAUACUAGUAUAGGCAUAAUCUUUGGAAAUAAAUGAUAUAUACUCCUACUUUCCUCUUUCCAAUUAUAAAUAUCCUAUGCUCAAAAGAAUUUUAAUCAAUCCUGAACCUUCUCAAUAAAAUAUAAGUAAGUAACUUGCCUAAGGUAAAGAUGAUUUAGUCUUUUAAUAAAAAUUAUAAGAAAGUUUCUCUGAAUUUCUAUCUUGCAUAAAUUUAAAAUAAAUUAAUUUUAUCUUAAUUGAUGGUUGUUAAUACCCUGAAUUAAUUAAAACAUUAUUAAAUACUUUAUUCAACACAGAUAAAUCAAACAUUAAAAGAUUGGAAUUUGAUUUGAAUAUUGAUUCUUAACAAUUUCAUGUUAUCUUUAGUUUGAGUAACUUACAUAAAAUUUAUCCGUCCUGCUAAAUAUCUGUAAAUUAUAUAAUCGACUUCUCUCCUCUUUUAAACUCUAAGAAAACAAUCUAUGAACCACUUGAUAAACAGAGUUAAGAUAAAUAAAAUAAUUAAUAAGAUAGAACUGACAUUAACUAAAUCUAAUCAGUUAGUGAUUUUCCUUAUUUGUUUAAGGAAAUAUAUAAAAAUUUUGAGAAUAUUUGCAUAAAGUUGGUCUUCAAAAAUUUAAAAUCUCUAGAUUAGCUAGAGUUAUUUGAUAGAAUAAAAAGUAAUCAUGAACAUAUUUUGGAUUACUAAAAUUAAAAUUUAAAUAAAUUAUUCAGUAAUAUGAAAGUUAAUAAUAAAAUUAACUAAAACAAUAAAAUUUUUGCAUAAUUAACUAGCUUAAUCCAUAAAAAAAUUACUGAGAUGCACUAGUAAGAGGAUUCUAUAGAUUUAGCUUCAACUAUUGAUUAAAAUUAUGUAAAAGAAUAAAGUGGAAGUAAAAUAGGCUCGCUUAUGAAAAAUUUAGGUCCACCGCUUCUAUCCUUGUUUGGAGUAACAUAACCUGCUAUAGUUAUAUCAACAAUCACUCAUUUUAUGAUAAAUAAAUAACGAAAUCUUGCUCAAAAAAACCAAGAAAAUAGCUAAAAAGAAGAAUUCUUUCAAUAAUUAUUCCCAUCUGAACCUUUAUCUCUAUUUAAAACAAAACAGAACUUUCGUUGCUAAACAAAUGAUUCCAACAAUAAUUAAAAUGCACUUUAAAGCAAAUAAAUAGUUUAGUAAUAAACUAAUCAAACCAAUUAAAUAUUAUCUAAAUACUUUUUACCUUAUUAAACUAAUGAAAUUAUCACAUUAGAGCUAAUUUUAGAAAAUACUGUUUUUGGAAGUAAUUAUAUAGAGCUUUUUGAUUUUAUUUCAAAAUGUAAUAAUCUGAAGAAAUUUACUUUACUGAAUUUCUGUCUUUAAGAUAACUUUGGAUCUUAAUAAAAUAUAUCUCAACAAGUAUCCUAGAGACAAAAAACUGAUACAUAACAGGCUAUGCAUGUAUACUCCUCAGUUUUUUCUUUAUAACCAAGGAAAUCUGUUGAAAAAGUAAUAUCAGAAUUCGUUUAAUCACUAAGAAAGAUCUCUCUUGUAACAUUUAAAUUUUCUACCAACUCAUUUUUUAGCUAAUAAAUAGCAUUCAGAUUUCUAUAAACUUAAGAAAAUAUUGUUCACUUCUAUCUCAAAGAUUUUAGUUCAAAUGUGUCGAUUUCUUCACUACAAAAUAUUUAAAGUAAUAAUAAUAUUUUAAGCUAAGAUUUCUCAGAAGAAAAACAGCUGCUAUAGGAGCAAAUAUUCAAUUCAUUUUAUUAAACUAUUACUCUUAACAAGUAUCUACUUUCUUAUCAUUUUAAAAAUGGGGAUGCAAAUUGCAUUCUAUAAAACAAAGGAUUUCAACAAAUAAUUAAUUUUUACUUUCUUUUAAAAAAGAUUGUUAUAUAUUAAAUCUAUGCUUCAAAGCAACUGCUGCAUUCGGAAAUAAUUAAAAGAAAAGAAAUAUUUAAUCGCUUAAUAAUUAAAUUCUAUUUAAACAUUUAAUCAUAACUUAACCAAAAAAUAUUAUAAAUUUAUAACACAUUUUGA